AUGGAUGAUUUACGAGAUUCUCAAAAAGCAACAAUUCAAGAUGCAUUAGAUAUGGGUGAAUUGACAAUCGGUAGGGGGCUGAAUCAACAACUUGGUCUUUCAAGAGCUUGUGAUACUCGUUGGGGAUCUCAUUAUAAAUCCUUUAACAAUUUUAUUCUUAUGUUUGGCUCUAUUGUUGAAGUUCUUGAAUCACUUGCUCUUGAUGCACGAAGUAUGGAUGAAAGAGCCAAUGCAAUGGGACAUCUUGAAUCUUGUCAAACAUUUGAGGUUGCGUUCAUGUUGCAUUUGAUGAGAGAUGUAUUAGCAAUCUCAAAUGAGCUCAAUAAAUGCUUACAAAGAAAGGAGCAAGAUGUUGCAAAUGUCAUGCUACUAGUUGAAGUAGCAAAGAAAAGGUUGCAAGUUUUAAGGGAUGAUGAAUGGAAUUCUCUUAUUGCUAAGGUAUCUAUAUUUUGUACCAAACAUGAAAUUUUGAUACCUAACUUUGAGGAGCCAUAUGUUAGCUCUUUAAGAUCACGGCGAAGACUUGCUCACUAUACAGUCUUACAUCAUUACCGUGUUGAAGUGUUUUGCAAUAUUAUUGAUCGACAACUUCAAGAGCUUAAUGAUCGUUUUAACGAGGUAUCUAUUGAUUUGCUCCAUGGAAUUGCUUGUUUGAAUCCAAUUAACUCGUUUUCAAGUUUUGACAGCAAAAAAAUAAUGAGGAUGGUUGAAUUAUAUCCAAAUGAUUUUGAUGAAUUUAAUAUGGAUACUCUUGAGAAUCAACUUGCAAGUUACAUUGUUGAUGUUCGUGAUGUUGAUGAAAGGUUCUCUGAUCUAAAUGGACUUUUUGCCACUGCAUCCGUUGAAAGAGCUUUCUCGGCAAUGAAGUUUAUCAAGAAUGACUUGCGAAGUCAAAUGAGUGAUGAUUUUUUUAGUGGUUGUUUGGUGCCUUUUGUAGAAAAAGAUGUAUUUGAUAGUAUUCCCAAUGAUGCUAUUAUUAAGACAUUUCAAGAUAUGAAACCUCGUAAAGUACAAUUGUAA